CUCCCUGAUGCCCGUACAAAAUGUACGCUAACGAUGCCUCGCUUUGUUCUAGGAGACUGUGACAUCAACUUUGAGUGUCACGACGGCCCCUAUAGCCACAUCCAUCUCUACUAUCACAACGACCUCUAUCUCAACCUCAACCGCCAUCAGCACCGUCAGCGGUAUUACGACCGUUUCGACGACUACAUCGACCGUCAUCGCUACGUACUCGUCCUUCUUCAUUGCUGCGAGCAACGACAAAGGGGUACCGGAUGGCACUACGAUCGGGGAACAACUUCACAAUCGCGACGCAUCCGGCUCGGAACAGUAUGCGUAUUGCAAUUUCAACAACGGCAGCUCCAUCUUCGCUCUCGAUCCUGCUACAGCGCCGCGGCCAUUGCCGAGGACAGCUUUCCCGUCUGCGACUGCGCGAUCGACGCCUUCACAUUGGCUCUGAGCUGCAAUUGCGGCGCUGGCGACAACCAACUUUGGAGCGACGAAGUCAAUGGGUGGUAUAUUUCGGAUGGACAGAAUGAUGAUCCUUAUCUUGGGCCCUUCGGUGUCCCACAAGACACAUAUUACUCGGUGACGCCGGUGGUCCAGCCUAUCUUGAAUUGAUACACGGUUUGCCGCGAUGUUUAUGCCAGGGCAAGGCAAUGGCACUCGGCGCAGUCAGUCGUUGGAGCAUGACCGUCAUCAAGACCGGGCGCUUGCCGUUCGUGCCCGGCCGGGCGAUUUCCACUGCCAGCCUGAGUGGUGCAAAUCGCGCCGUCAAAUUGGACAAGCGCUGAAAUGAACAAGGGAACGAUAGGAGCGGUAAACAUGUUGGAAUGCCAGAUGGAAUGGAAGAGUUGCAGCAGCGACGGUUGCCUGUUGCUAGUCGGGCGGUGUCAUAUAUUGCGAGCGAAGAUCCGUGGUCUGAGUUCGGGAAUAGCAAGGCAUUGGUAGCCCGAAAGGUAGACGC